UGAAAUAACAGCUGUCUGGGGAGCAGUGCUGACACAGCACUAGUGCCUGGCCUGUCACUGGAUCUUCUUGGCAGUCCCUCAUCCUGGGAGGCCUGGGACUGGGCCAUUGAGAGCCUCGCCUGCUCUCCAAGCCCCUCCAGGCCUGGGGUGUGUGGGAGCGGUGCCCCGUUUCUGCCACACGGUUGCCCGGGGUUCACUUGCUGGCUGUGUGACCACUGGCAGGCCUUCCCCCUUGGAACCUCAGUCCCAGCUCUGGAGAGAGUCUGUGUCAGCCUUAGGGGACUGUGCUGCUGCAGGUGGCUCUGUGCCCUGGGACCACAGUGGCUGUGAGGCCAGCACAUGUGGGUCCCCAGCUCCCCAGCCCCUGCCAGCCAAGGUGAAGUUGGCCUGGGGAAAGGAGCAGGAGACUGAGGCCCCAAAGCAUGCGUGGGGUACCUCAGGGCUUCUAGAGCCAGGCUGGCUGUGCUGGUGGUGGGCAGUGGUGGCAUGCCAUCUGCCACCCACAAGCUUGUCCGGAGGCUGGGAGAACAGGUUUGUCUGGUCCUCCCCCGGGGGGGCCCCCCUCUGCCCCAGGGGUACACAUUUGGGUGGGAGUUUUGACAGUUCUGGGAGUCCUGGUUGGCUGUGUUCCCCUGCCUCCUACCCCAGCCCCCCAUUGAGUGUUUCAGCAAGGGAAACUGAGGCCCAGGCCAGCAAAGGUUUAUGUUGCUGCCUGCCAAGCAACAGCCUGGGGCAGCCCCAGAGGGUGGGGGGUGGGGUGUGGUGCAGAGGCCAGGCUCCUCCUCGAGCUUGGUGUUUGUGCAGCUGAUGGACAGCCUGGCUAUCCCUGUGCCUCAGCGUGUGAGCCAGGACUUCCCCUACAGCCUGUGUGCCUGGACUGCCCCUGCCAGCCUGUGAGCACGUGCAUCUGGGCUUCCAUACCCCCAGCCUGUGCACCUGGACACCACCCUCCAGUCUGUGUGCCUGGACUGCCCCCUCCCCACUCCGGCUAUGAACUUGUGAGCCUGUGUGCUUGGACACUCCUCCCCGAGUGCCAAGGUGGCCAGCUCCUUCCUCACCACGGACGUGUGGUGGGUGCUGUGUGCAAUGCCUGGGGGCCAAGUGUACUUCCCGGGUGUGCGGCCAGCUGUGUGUGGGACAGUGGGAUCUGAGAGUUGGUUGCCCCUGGCCCCGUCUUCUUGGGUGGGGUCUACUUCUGCAUUCUCUCCCUCCUGCAGUCGUAGGUCUGGUUGAGAGGGUCUCGUUGGGACUUGGUUGGACAGAUUUUUCGUAUCCCAUGGUGCAUGCCUGAUCUUGAACAAGCAGGUGAGCUUUGGAGUGGCUCUUGGCUCUGCCCCUCACCAGCUGUCAGGAGCUUCUCCGAGCCUCGGUUUCCUUUGCAACCAUUGUGAGAGGUAGGGUAUAUGGCGGGGGGCGUGGGGUUGGACAUCUCGGUUCCUGUCGUGCAUGUGUGAUGAGCACUUGGCACCUCACGUGUCACUGUGCAUUCCCCAUGGCAACCCAGUCAGGGUGCCAAACCUCCCUGUUGCAGAGGGGAAACUGAGGCACAUGCCUAGAGUGACUGGUUCCAGAGUCUUUGCUCAUGGCUGCUGCCUCCAUCCCUUUUUUUAGAGUCCUUGGAGGAGAGGAGAUGGGCCUCAGGCCAAGCACUCAGGAGUGAGCUGCUGCUUCAGACACCCUGUACCUCUCUGAUAAGGCUGGGCUCAGGGUAGCCCCUCCUCCAGGCAGCUGCCCCUGGGCUGAAACCUGCAUAGGCCCUGUCUCUGAUGACCCCAGGACGUCAGCUGGCAGUUGCCCACACAGCUCCCUCGUGACCUCAGACCAGCUUGGGAGGUGCCUCCUGUGGGUGGCAUUUGGGUCUCAGGUUUUGGCUAGGAGCCACUCAGACAUCCUGGCCUCUCUGCCAUCUCUGCUCCUCGGGGUCAUGUUUUGGCAUGACCUGGACUCCCCAGACAGGGUAUCUGCAGGUGUGCUCAGGCCACAGCUGGGGCAAGGGUGGGCCUCCCUGCACUUGUCCACAGCCCGCUCUAGCUGGUCGCCUCCCGCUCGUAACUGCACCCCUUCGUUUGACCCCUGCUGGCUACAGAGGCCUAUUCUGGCCAAAGCUGGCCUGGUGGGCAGCAGAACUCCCUUCUCCUACCUCACCCCUCCUGUGCUGCCCAGGCCUGCAUGUGGGGAGGGCUGUGGUUCUGGGGCCAGAGCCAGGGUGGGCGGCCAUGGGUCCUUUUUGGGCUUCUUCCCUGCUGAGUGAUGUCUUGCUUUUGAACCUUCAUUGUGUUUAAAUCAAGGCUCUUACUGCUCUUGAGGCCAAGCUGGGCUUGCCCAACCAUCCGAGUGCGGGGAUGUCAGUGCCCCCUACUCUUCCUCCUGUAUUCUGGAGCUGGCCAUGGAGACCUGUGUGCAUGUGGCUGAUGGGGGCAGGGCUGCUGUGCCCUGCUGUGCCACUCCUCCCCAGGCCUGGCUUUAACAGCGUUGGGGGAGCUCUAGGGAGUUGGCUGGCCUUGGGCCAGGCCCCACCGAACGUGUUGUGUAAAAUCGUAGUCGAUUAAUUUAAGACCUGCCGUCUUCAGCUGCUCAGGGCUAUGCUGGCUGUACUGGAGCUCAGGGCUGGCUUGGCUGGGGUACCCCUGGCUCUGCUUCCCAGAGGUCCCACCCCACCCUCUACAGGAGGUGACAUUUUCUCCAGGACACUCCCAGCCAGAGCCCAGCCCAGCGGCAUGGCCCACUCUGAUGCCCUGGCUAGAGUCCUCCAGAACCAACUCAGGCCCUUGCCCCUUGCCAGCUCAGGGACCCCUUCACUCACUUUCUGCAGAACAGGAGUAGAUGGCCCUGGUCCCUUGGGCAGCUCCGUACUGGGCUUCAGCAGUAUCCAGGGGGCCAGCUUUGUUUCUGUGAGGGGCUGGGCCAGGAGUUGCAAACUCGUAGGCCCAAGGGAUCGUAGAUUGGGCUGGGGCCUUGGUCCCAGUGGUACCCAUGCCCUGUGUGAGGUGUGCCAGGCCUCAGCAUGGGGGCCAAGGGACACCCAGAGUGCGGCCAGCAGGAGGGUCUGUCCCUGUACAGGAUCCUUCCCUGCUGGGGCCUUGGUCCCUCCGUGGAGAACAGGUGUGCCCUGCUUGCUCUGGAGUGGCUGGCAUUUCUUCCUGGGCUGGGCACAUGCUUUGAGCACACUCCUGCAGUGACUCGGGGACGGAGGUGCAGCCUAAGGCUGUACAGGUGGGAGUGCCUCGUGGGGAGACCCUGGCCCUGUGCUCUCCCGGCCAGGCUACUGUCUCUCUGCACACAGGCCCUAUGGGUGUUCCAGCUCCCUGGGUUGUCUGCUCCCGCCUUGCCAGAGUCACCAUGUCUCCUUCAGGGUCCUGCAGGAUUCCUUGAGAUCCUGGUGGACUUGGCGAGCCCCAGUGGCCGGCCAGCCCUGGCCUAUGAGAGCGUGGUGGCACAAGAGGGCAGCCCCAUCCUGCGAGACCUCGUCCUCAGUCCCAACCGUCAGUACCUCUACGCCAUGACGGAGAAGCAGGUGACGCGGGUGCCGGUGGAGAGCUGUGUGCAGUACACGUCGUGUGAGCUGUGCCUGGGGUCGAGGGAUCCCCACUGCGGGUGGUGUGUCCUGCACAGCAUCUGCUCUCGGCAAGAUGCUUGUGAGCGGGCAGAUGAGCCCCAGCGCUUCGCCUCAGACCUGCUGCAGUGUGUGCAGCUGACGGUGCAGCCACGCAACGUCUCUGUCACCAUGUCCCAGGUCCCACUCGUGCUGCAGGCCUGGAACGUGCCUGACCUCUCGGCUGGCGUCAACUGCUCCUUUGAGGACUUCACCGAGUCUGAGAGUGUCCUGGAGGAUGGCCGCAUCCACUGCCUCUCCCCUUCCGCCCGUGAGGUGGCGCCCAUCACGCGGGGCCAGGGAGACCAGCGGGUGGUGAAACUCUACCUGAAGUCCAAGGAGACAGGGAAGAAGUUUGCAUCUGUGGACUUUGUCUUUUACAACUGCAGUGUCCACCAGUCCUGCCUAUCCUGUGUCAACGGCUCCUUCCCCUGCCACUGGUGCAAGUAUCGCCAUGUCUGCACCCACAAUGCUGCUGACUGCGCCUUCCUGGAGGGCCGCGUCAACGUGUCGGAGGACUGCCCGCAGAUCCUGCCCUCCACCCAGAUCUACGUGCCUGUAGGCGUGGUGAAGCCCAUCACCCUGGCGGCUCGGAACCUGCCACAGCCUCAGUCGGGCCAGCGUGGGUACGAGUGCCUCUUCCACAUCCCAGGCAGCCCGGCCCGUGUGACCGCCCUGCGCUUCAACAGCUCGAGCCUGCAGUGCCAAAACUCCUCGUAUUUCUAUGAGGGGAACGACAUCAGCGCCCUGCCCGUGAACCUUUCAGUCGUGUGGAAUGGCAACUUUGUCAUCGACAACCCCCAGAACAUCCAGGCACACCUCUAUAAGUGCCCAGCCCUGCGGGAAAGCUGUGGCCUCUGCCUCAAGGCCGACCCGCGCUUUGAGUGUGGUUGGUGUGUGGCUGAGCGCCGCUGCUCCCUGCGUCACCACUGCCCCGCUGACACGCCUGGCUCCUGGAUGCAUGCCCGCCAUGGCAGCAGCCGCUGCACCGAUCCCAAGAUCCUCAAGCUGUCCCCUGAGACGGGCCCGAGGCAGGGGGGCACACGGCUCACCAUCACGGGCGAGAACCUGGGCCUCAAGUUCGAGGACGUGCGGCUGGGUGUGCGCGUGGGCAAGGUGCUGUGCAGCCCUGUGGAGAGCGAGUACGUCAGCGCCGAGCAGAUCGUCUGUGAGAUUGGGGAUGCCAGCCUGGUGCGUGGCCACGACGCCCUUGUGGAGGUGUGUGUGCGAGACUGCUCCCCCCACUACCGGGCCCUGUCACCCAAGCGCUUCACCUUCGUGACCCCAACCUUUUACCGUGUAAGCCCAGCCCGUGGGCCUCUCUCUGGGGGCACCUGGAUCGGCAUCGAGGGGAGCCACCUGAAUGCGGGCAGCGAUGUGGCGGUGUCUGUCGGCGGCCGGCCCUGCUCCUUCUCCUGGAGGAACUCGCGGGAGAUCCGGUGCCUGACACCCCCUGGGCAGAGCCCUGGCAGCGCCCCCAUCGUCAUCAACAUCAACCGUGCCCAGCUCACCAACCCCGAGGUGCAGUACAACUACACUGAGGACCCCACCGUCCUGAGGAUCGACCCAGAGUGGAGCAUCAACAGUGGGGGGACCCUCUUGACGGUCACGGGCACCAACCUGGCCACUGUCCGUGAGCCCCGCAUCCGGGCCAAGUACGGAGGUGUCGAGCGGGAGAACAGCUGCACGGUGUACAACGACACUACCAUGGUGUGCCUCGCCCCAUCCAUCGACAACCCACUGCGGACCCCGCCUGAGCUGGGCGAGCGGCCGGAAGAGCUGGGCUUCGUCAUGGACAACGUGCGCGCCCUGCUGGUGCUCAACGCAUCUGCCUUUGUCUACUACCCCGACCCCGUGCUUGAGCCGCUCAGUCCCACGGGACUGCUGGAGCUGAAGCCCAGCUCCCCCCUCAUCCUCAAGGGCCGGAACCUCCUGCCGCCAGCCCCUGGGAACUUGAGGCUCAACUACACAGUGCUCAUUGGCUCCACGCCCUGUGCGCUCACUGUGUCGGAGACGCAGCUGCUGUGCGAGUCACCUAACCUCACGGGGCAGCACAAAGUCACGGUGCGGGCAGGUGGCUUUGAGUUCUCACCGGGGGUGCUGCAGGUGUACUCGGACAGCCUGCUGACCCUGCCCGCCAUCGUGGGCAUCGGCGGGGGUGGGGGUCUGCUGCUGCUCGUCAUUGUGGCUGUGCUCAUCGCCUAUAAGCGCAAGUCCCGUGACGCCGACCGCACCCUCAAGCGGCUGCAGUUACAGAUGGACAACCUCGAGUCCCGCGUGGCCCUCGAGUGCAAGGAAGCCUUUGCAGAGUUGCAGACGGACAUCCAUGAACUGACCAGUGACCUGGACGGCUCAGGUAUCCCGUUCCUUGACUACCGGACCUACGCCAUGCGGGUGCUCUUCCCCGGAAUUGAGGACCACCCUGUGCUCAAGGAGAUGGAGGUGCAGGCCAACGUGGAGAAGUCGCUGACACUGUUUGGGCAGCUGCUGACCAAGAAGCACUUCCUGCUGACCUUCAUCCGCACGCUGGAGGCCCAGCGCAGCUUCUCUAUGCGUGACCGUGGCAACGUGGCCUCACUCAUCAUGACUGCCCUGCAGGGUGAGAUGGAGUAUGCCACGGGUGUGCUCAAGCAGCUGCUCUCCGACCUCAUCGAGAAGAACCUGGAGAGCAAGAACCACCCUAAGCUGUUGCUGCGACGGACUGAGUCAGUGGCGGAGAAGAUGCUGACCAACUGGUUCACCUUCCUUUUAUACAAGUUCCUUAAGGAGUGCGCGGGGGAACCGCUGUUCAUGCUGUACUGCGCCAUCAAGCAGCAGAUGGAGAAGGGCCCCAUUGACGCCAUCACGGGUGAGGCCCGCUACUCGCUGAGUGAGGACAAACUCAUCCGCCAGCAGAUCGACUACAAGACGCUGACCCUCAACUGUGUGAACCCCGAGAACGAGAACGCGCCCGAGGUGCCGGUGAAGGGGUUGAACUGUGACACGGUGACGCAGGUCAAGGAAAAGCUGCUGGACGCCGUUUACAAGGGGGUGCCCUACUCCCAGCGGCCCAAGGCUGGGGACAUGGACCUGGAGUGGCGCCAAGGCCGCAUGGCACGGAUCAUCCUGCAGGACGAGGACGUCACCACCAAGAUUGACAACGACUGGAAGAGGCUGAACACACUGGCCCACUACCAGGUGACAGACGGCUCCUCAGUGGCUCUGGUGCCCAAGCAGACAUCUGCCUACAACAUCUCCAACUCCUCCACCUUCACCAAGUCCCUCAGCAGAUACGAGAGCAUGCUGCGCACGGCCAGCAGCCCUGACAGCCUGCGCUCACGCACGCCCAUGAUCACACCUGACCUGGAGAGUGGCACCAAGCUCUGGCACCUGGUGAAGAACCACGACCACCUGGACCAACGUGAGGGUGACCGCGGCAGCAAGAUGGUCUCUGAGAUUUACCUGACACGGCUGCUGGCCACCAAGGGCACGCUGCAGAAGUUUGUGGAUGACUUGUUCGAGACCAUCUUCAGCACGGCCCACCGGGGCAGCGCCCUGCCGCUGGCCAUCAAGUACAUGUUCGACUUCCUGGACGAGCAGGCUGACAAGCACCAGAUCCACGACGCCGAUGUGCGGCACACCUGGAAGAGCAACUGCCUGCCUCUGCGCUUCUGGGUGAACGUCAUCAAGAACCCACAGUUCGUGUUCGACAUCCAUAAGAGCAGCAUCACGGACGCCUGUCUCUCGGUGGUGGCCCAGACCUUCAUGGACUCCUGUUCCACGUCCGAGCACAAGCUGGGCAAGGACUCGCCCUCCAACAAGCUGCUCUACGCCAAGGACAUCCCCAACUACAAGAGCUGGGUGGAGAGGUACUAUGCCGACAUCGCCAAGAUGCCGGCCAUCAGCGACCAGGACAUGAGCGCCUACCUGGCCGAGCAGUCAAGGCUGCACCUAAGCCAGUUCAACAGCAUGAGCGCUUUGCACGAGAUCUAUUCCUACAUCACCAAGUAUAAGGACGAGAUCCUCGUGGCCCUGGAGAAGGAUGAGCAGGCACGGCGGCAGCGGCUCCGGAGCAAGCUGGAGCAGGUGGUGGACACCAUGUCCCUGAGCAGCUGAGGCAGCAGCCAGCGUCUUUGCUUAGGGUGGGGACAGGUAGCAUGGAGCCAGCAGGCUAGGCCAGGGCUGGGAGGCCCCGUUGUGGUCCCUUAGUCCUCGUCUCUGGAGUGUUCAGUGGCACUCAGAGCCCCCGGACUGUGGGACUCUGUGAAGCUGACCUCGUCUCUCCGUGGACCAAGUCCUCCGGCCCCUCCACGCCCUGCCCAGCACGGAGUAGGCUUUGUCUGUGUCUGCACCAGGGAGGGGGCACGAGCGGUGGGCUUGCUGCCUGGUGAGAGCUGCCCGGUUGAGUUUGUGGGGGACAGAGGGUGAAGGCAAGGCCAGAGCCCUCCUGGAGCUGACCCAGCACUGCCUCUGUGGCUGUGGCCCUACCCAUGGGCUAAGUCUGGGUGCUUGGGCCUGGUUGGCAGCUGAGGGAGAGGCUGAGGGCCGGGGCUGGGUCAGGAUGUGUCAGGGCUGCUGGGCCUGUCACGCCACUGAUUCACCGCGUGCUCCUGCAGGCCAGGCUGUAUCCCCUGCUGAGAGAGGCACCCUCCAGCCUCCCCUCCUGUGGAGGGGCUUCCCAGGGGCUUCGUAGCCCCUGUGGCCUCAGGCUGGGUUCUGGAACUCUGUAUGUCCUCAGGGCUGCGCCUCUGGAAGCCACUCAGGCCCGGGCUCCGUCCAGGUCCCAGUGUGCACGCUUAUUAUUUAUUGCUCCCAAGCCAGGCCCCAGCUGCCUGGGAGGGUGUGUGUGCUCUCCCAGGCCACCGAGCUUCUUGGGGCAGGGCCCCCCACUCCUCCUUGCUCACCUCUGUCUCUCUGGUCCCCAUCUUUUCUCUGCCUCCCUCUGUCCCCCCCUCCCAACGUCCCCCCUCCAGUGGCUUCCAGCCUGGCAUCUCAGUGGCAUCCGGCACCUCAGUGGGGUGGUGGGAUAUCUGGGGACUGUAGUUUUUUUAGGCGGAAAGAAAUCCUGCUGACUGCGUAAGCAAUGAGAGCAGUGGCCAGGACCCUCAGCCACACCCUGGCCUGGGUGUUGGUGGGCUUGGGGACCGGAGGCCAGUGAGCAGAGGGACUGCAAACCAGCUUCUACCCACUCUCACCCCAGUGAGCAAGAAUGGACUCGUUUUUAAUGAAAGACUUGUACAUGUAUAUAUGUAUAUAUUCACAUGUGGUUCCCGCUUUCAGCCCCAGUGGGGCGUGUACAGUCACCGGAGGAAGAGAAGUUUGACAGACCAUCGAGAACAAGAACUUUAGGGCAGUAGGAAGAAUACCAAAUGGUCCAGGGAGGUGGCAGAGCUGCCCCCUAGGGGGUCCUCUGCCUGGACCACACCACCGUGUGCCUCACCAUACCGAGGGGGACUCCUUCCUGCCGCCCACGCGUGCAGCGUGAGCCCGUGGGUGACUGCAUGACUGUCCUAGCGUUUAGUCUGAGUUGAUCUUUUUAAACCUGCAAGUGUUGGUACUAGAGGUUGUUAGACCUUUUUUAUGUUUUUUAAUUAAUUAGUCACUUGUGAAAGCAAAUAAGCGGCCGCCCCUUUCGAGUUCACUCCGAUGGUACUAAAGACCCCAUGACUUUAAGGGACAGCUAACUGUGUCCGGGCCAGCCUGCCCUCGGCCCAGCCCAGCGGAAGAGCACCCCCAGGCUGCCACACGCAGCCUGUCCUGAGCACGGGCGCCAGCAGCCACACCAGGUCAGACGGGAGCCAUCCAGGAACUCCUCAUACAGGAGGGAGAUGGGGUGCCCGGGCCCCCCGGGGCCUGCAGCAGGCACAGGACUUCCGUUGCUCCAGCUCUGGCCGGCCCCAGCCUGUGGGGCGAUGCAGACUCUCUGUCAUUGCGGGCCAGAGCAGAGCCAGGCUCCCGGAGACCACGCAGCCUGGGGGCUCAGUUUCCGCUCCCCCUGCCUUUGGCUGGGAGCCCCAUUCCUGGGGCACCUCCCACCCCUGCUCUGACACUGGCUAGGCCAUAGUCAGAUUCUCAUUUUCCCAUAAAGGUCUUCCCUGGAUGCUGGCUUAGCGCAAAGCCACCUGUGCUUCCAGUUCCACCUCGGUCAGGUUGGGCUUCCCCAGGCUCCCCCCCGAGAGCCCAUCCCGAUUCCCUCCCUGCCGAAGUUUCACGCUGAGGGGUGGGGACCCUGCCCAGCUGACCUUGUCCACGUGGGCCUCCCUGCAGAGGCGCUGUUGGGGACUCGGGUCCUGGAGCACACACUCGUGUCAAGCCGCAAGCACUUUAGCAGUAUCUGUUUACAUACACGUUGAAAAAGCUGAUUCUGAACAAAACGUCUCCCAGUUCAGCAGGCCUCAGGCACCCUCCCUGGCCCACACCCUCAGGGGGAAUCAGGGUCAGGUUCCUCUGUCAUUAAUCCCCACAGCCUUCCUGCCUCUUCUGGGUGGGGCUCUGGCCUUUGGUCUGGGAGAGGGUCCUGAGGGAGCGGGAUUGAGCGGAGCGUACAUCAGCGGUGGGCAAGUGCCCUGCAGGCCACAGUGGAGGUGCUGUUCAGGUGACACCCUGGCCCACUCGACACUGCUGCUACUGUCCGCCCUGCAGGAGGGCCAACGGGACGUUGGGGUGUCUUCCUGCAUCCUGGCCCCGCCUGGCCCUCUUCCUUUCCUGGACUGUGCUUCCAGGGUGCCCCGAAGACAGCACACCCUCGGUUUGGGAACUUGAGGGCUCUGAGGAGGCCCUGAUAUACCUCGAGCUUGCCUUGCACCCCCAGAGCCUGACCCAGGUCACCGGCCCCUACCACUUCCCAGCCUUGGCCUGGGGUUUGGGGCUGCCAAGGAGCAGGCUGGGAUGGGGUGCAUGGCACUGGCUGGCACCCCCCCGCCCCGUGUGGGCAUGGGACUGUUGACAUCGAGGAACCAAAGCUUCCUUCCCUGCCCUGCUGGAGUGACAUUUUUGAGAGCCUCCUCGGUGACCCUCCUGGCUUGGGGCAUGAUGGCUCACGUUGGUGCUACACAGCUAGAAUAGAUGUAUUUAGAGAGAGAAGAUAUUUUUAAGAUGUCCACAAUUAGCUGUCCUUUAACACUGCAGACUCCCAUCCGCAAGCAGAGCGGCCCUGCGUCUGCACUCUGACAAGCCCGGCAGUGUUUCUCACGGCAGUGGCCGUGGCUGCCGGGGCAUGUGGCCUCAGAGUGUGUACAUACACGGCUAUUUCCUAUUUUACUGUUCCUCAGAUUUAGUAUUUGUAAAUACACACACAUGAUGGAGAGAUUAAACAUUUUUGCUACAGCGCC